GUAAUGCUACUAAGAAACUUGGAUACUAGCCGUGGACUUGUCAACGGAGCACGAGGCAUAGUAGGAAAGAUAAACAGUGAUACUGGUCUUCCUGAAGUUCGAUUUUAUCCCGCAAAAGCGAAUGGAUCUAAUGGCAUCUUACAUGUUGUGCAAAUUUAA